AUGGAGACGACGACGAGCAUUCUGAUGUCUUUCCCGAUGUUGGUCCUUCUUGAUACAGGACAAGGAAGCAAAGGGAAUGAUCAGUUGGUCGUGGUACUGGUCGAACCAUCAUCGAACGGUAGCGAGGCAGAAGACAGUGGGAAUUUGAACGCCGACGAGGAUCAAUUGGCAUCCGCUUUUGAUGACCCAUUUUCGAGUCUUUUUAUCAUGUUCUUUCUUGCAUGA